AAAAUAGUCAUAGCUGAUUGAUAGUUAGAGGGCAUUGGCGGCGCUUGGAUGACAAUAUCUGUGAAGGCUGUGGAAACUAAGGGAACUGACUGAAGAAGUAAACGGUGCAGCCGACGCUUAGCAACUUUGAAUGCAGCGCAAAUUGAUUUAACACAGCGGAGACCUUUUUAUUUGCUUUGCUGUUUGCUGUUAAAUUGGCAGAAGAAUGUCUGUGGUUGAGGAAUACGAAGAAGGGGAGUAUGAGAGAGCUGCCAAGCGACUCAAGACUGUAGAGGUAGAGUUGGAGGAAGGAGAGGACUUAGAAGAGGGAGAGGACUCGGAUUCAGCAUCUCCUGGCUUGCUGCUUGGGGACGAUGAUACACCCUUAGCAGGUGGAGGAGAAAAAAAGGCCCAUUGGUCUUCAUCAAAAUAUGGAUCAAAUAGAAGGGACAAUGGGGACGAUGCCCACCAGAUUCCCCCCUCCCCGGUGGUCCACGUGCGAGGGUUGUGCGAGUCCGUGGUGGAGGCAGACCUGGUUGAAGCCCUGGAGAAGUUCGGGACGAUAUGCUACGUGAUGAUGAUGCCUUUUAAGAGGCAGGCUCUGGUGGAGUUUGAGGGUGUUGAAAGUGCUGACAAGUGCGUGGCAUGCGGUGCCAGUGAGGCUGUCUACAUAGCUGGGCAGCAAGCCUUCUUUAAUUAUUCUACCAGUAAAAGGAUCACGCGUCCGACCAACUCAGACAACCCCAACAGUGGCAAUAAGGUCUUGUUGUUGUCCAUUCAGAAUCCUCUUUACCCCAUAACAACGGAUGUUUUAUACACUGUCUGCAACCCGACUGGAAACGUCCUCCGUAUUGUAAUAUUCAAAAGGAAUGGCAUACAAGCCAUGGUGGAAUUCGAAUCUGUUCAAAGUGCUCAGAAAGCCAAAGCUGCCCUCAACGGUGCUGAUAUCUACGCUGGGUGCUGCACGCUGAAAAUUGAAUACGCAAGGCCAACCCGUCUUAACGUGAUAAGAAAUGAUAAUGAUAGUUGGGACUACACUAAACCGUAUUUGGUUAGACGAGAUAGGGGGAAGGGAAGGCAGCGGCAAGCCAUCCUAGGAGAGCACCCAUCUUCCUAUGGUGACAAUGGGUAUGGUUCUCACUGCCCCCUGCUGCCUUUACCAAGUAACAAUCGGUAUAAAAUGGGCUCUCAUGACAUCCCGGAGGUGGUUACUUACCCACUCCCCCAAACCUCCUAUUACAUGGGCCUUGGGGCUUCCUCCUCCAGCUCCGUUGCCAUGGUGAGCGGGCUGCAUGCCAAGAGAAUGAACUGCACCAGAAUCUUCAACCUCUUCUGUUUGUAUGGGAACAUUGAGAAGGUCAAGUUUAUGAAAAGCGUGCCUGGUACAGCACUGGUGGAAAUGGGUGACGAAUAUGCUGUGGAUAGAGCCAUCACGCACCUCAACAGCAUCAAGGUGUUUGGAAAGAGACUCAAUGUCUGUGUGUCGAAGCAGCAUGCAGUUAUACCAAGCCAGGUGUUUGAACUGGAGGACGGCACAAGCAGUUAUAAGGACUUUGCCAUGACCAGGAACAAUCGAUUUACCAGCGCCGGUCAAGCUUCCAAGAACAUCAUCCAGCCCCCCUCCUGCGUCCUGCACUUCUACAACGUACCCCCGUGUGUCACAGAGGAGGAGCUGCAGCAGUUGUGUACAACACAUGAUGUACCUGAGUUUAUAAAGUACAAGGUGUUUGACGCCAAACCUUCUUCCAAAACUAUAUCAGGGCUGUUAGAAUUUGAAACCAAGACACAUGCGGUGGAGGUCCUAACGGUACUGAAUCAUUACCAGAUCAGAAUACCAAAUGGCUCCAAUCCGUACACCUUGAAACUCUGUUUCUCUACAUCUUCUCAUCUAUAAGACAAGGCAAGGGUCCGCCCACAGCAGGAGAAGCUUGUAGGAACUACUGCUGGAGUGCCAGUGGCCACCCUGGCUGUUGAAUGGGAAGAGAUGAGAUAAAGUUGCCUUUUCUUACCUUCAUUCACAUUUAAAGUGUAUUUUAACCAUGAAGGAGGAUGAUGAGGAAAUUCCAAAAGAAGUACAAAACUCUGAAGAUGAUAUUCUCUUUAAAAAGGACCUCUUCUUGUAUAAUCUGGGGCACAACAGGCAUUAGGAAUGUCGAGGGAGAACUGCCACCAGUUUUAAUGCUGUGACCUUGUCGGUUAAGUCUGUUCAAGCACUUUUUUAAGAGAACUUUGUUGCUGUUGUAUGGUUCAGCUGUUAUCAUUUCCUAGAGGGCCACAUAGAAAUUAUUCUCAGAUGUCUGUUUAAAUCAAUUUUAUUGAGCUAUAGUCAGCACUAUUAUAACAUUUUAAAAUCAUAAUUAAAAAAAAUGGUUGCCUAAAUCCCAGACUUAAGCUUGCACUUAAAAGAACAACAUGUUUAUAAGUGUUAACAAUUAGGCUGCUUAGGGGCUCCUGAGUGGCACAUCCAGUAAAGGCGCUCCUCGUGGAGUGCAGGAUGUGCCCUAUAGUCUGGACGUCGCGAGUUUGAGUCCAGGCUAUUCCUUUGCCGACCGAGGACGGGAGCUUCCAGGGGGUGGCGCUCAAUUGUCCGAGCGCCGCCCAGGGAGAGGGAGGGUUAGGUCGGCCAGGGUGUCCUUGGCUCACCGCUCACCAGCGACCCCUGUAGUCUGGCCGUUCGCCUGCGGGCUUGCCUGUAAGCUGCCCGAGAGCUGCAUUGUCCUCCGACGCUGUAGCUCUUGGGUGGCUGCAUGGUGUCCGCAGUGUGAAAAAAAGCGGUCAGCUGACGGCACACGCUUCAGAGGACAGCGUGUUUCAUCUUCGCCCUCCCGAGUCAGCGCAGGGGUGGUAGCGGUGAGCUGAGCCUAAAAAUAAUUGGCCACUUCAAAUUGGGGAGAAAAUAAUAAAAAAAUAAUUGGCAAAAUAAAAGAAAAUUAGGCUGCUUUGUAAUAUACAGAGGUGUAUAAUAUUUGUGGUGGGCGGUGUUAUUAUCAAUCUAAUUUAAAGCUUGAUGUCUAAAAAUAAGUAAUAUAACUAGUUUUGUUAAAAACAGGUACUUUGAUCUGACUUGAGACUGUAUUUGUACAAUGUUUACACAAGUUCUUGGUUUGUGUAGUUCAGUGUUUUGACAGCACCGUUUAAAUGUUUUUAUUUGGCAUGUCGCCAUGUAUGAAGUUUUCACUGUGAGCAUGAAGAUCAUUAAAAACAUUUGCCAGACAA